UAUGAAAAUUAUGCUUGCUGUUGUGACUGAUUGUUUUUCGUAUAUGAGAUAUCACUGAUGUUUAUUACGUUAACAACAAACGAUGUACUUUUAAAUUUGUAAGAAAAACGUCUCAAAUAAAAAUAAAGAACUGUAAAUCAGCGUUUUCAAUUAGAAAAAUAGACAUCUAUUUUCUUUGUUGACUGGCCGACUGUUAGCAAAAUAGUUAUGUAUAGUAGCUGUAUAUUAAGUUUAAUAUAUUCACCACAAAAAUAUAAUCAUCUUGAAUUCCAGGCUUGAAGCACGAGUGCGUUGCCAAUAUAUCAACUCCGCCACUCCUGAUCUGGUUGAAUCUUUAGAGAAUACUAUUAGUUUCAGGUAUAAAGACAUUUAUGCGUUGAGAUAUAUAAAAUUGAGGACAUAUAAGCCAAAAAAGGUAAUUUAGUUGAAAGUAAUUUACUUUAUUUAAUGAUUUCUUAUCAAACUAACAAAUGAGCAAAUAAUAAUAAUAAUAAUUCGGAAAGUAGCUUCUAAUAAAAUGUUGAAUAGCUGUUUCAUUAUCACCUUAGAAACAAAUGAUUCGAAACAUAAUACUGCUGCAUAUAAGCAAUAUAUGUCUAAACAUUUUGAUUUUUCUCUUUUCAGAUACAUGUUGUAAAUAGAAGAGUAGAAAGCAAAAUGGCGUGACUGAUUAUUCCCGACUUGAAUGAAAGAAGAUGGACUCCUGCAAGAUUUGCCAUCAACAGAUCGAAGGCCAAGCAAAGGCGGUAAAGCUAAGUCAAAAGGGCUGUGAUGGUAUAAAUGAUGCUUGUGAUAAACGAAAUGACAGUUUACAUGUUCAACCUGGUGACUAUGUUCAUGUUGAAUGCAGAAAACAUUAUUGUAAUCCAAAUUGUAUAAAACGUGACACUAGGGAAAGCAAAGUAAUUAAUGAUUCACCAUUGUCACCUCUAAGAUCGAAAAAUGUUAAAUUUUCAUACAAAGAACAUUGUCUGUAUUGUGGGCAACCUGUUGCUGAUGUUAAGGGAACAAAACGAAAGCGGGGUGAUGUAUGGCCAAUAACGACAUUAGAGCCAACAAUUCUGAAUGUAUGUUUAAAAAGAAAUGAUAGUUGGUCAGACACGGUUAAGGCCAGAAUAGAACAGGUCAGUGAUUUGCCUGCAGCCGAUGCAGCGUACCAUCAAAUAUGUUCUUCUAAUUUUAGAACUGGUAAAAAUAUACCAGAGGAAUUUCAGAUACAGCCAGCCAGCUCGAAAAAGCGUAAACCUGGUCGACCAGAAGACGAACAAGCGCACGACGCAUUUUUGGAGGUCAUGAAAUACCUGAAAGAAAAUGACGAUGAACAAGUGACAAUAAAACAAUUACAAGAUAAAAUGGUGGAAUUGUGUGGCGAUAAAGCAUACAGCAUUACUUAUCCAAAGCAAAAAAUAAUUCAACACUUUGGUGAAGCUGCUAUAAUCACUGAGAUAAAUGGAAAAGCAAAUGUAACUCUCAGACGAACUGCGUCAUCAAUUUUGCAUGAUUUCUACCGUCAUGAAAACUCUGAAAAUACAGAAAGUGAAAAACUGAAACUUAUCAAAACUGCCGCAAAAUUGAUAAAGAGUGACAUAAAAUCAAAAGAAGUCGAUAAAACUUUAUAUCCCGAUUCACUAAGUAUAGAAGCACGUGAAGCAAAUAAAGAGUUUUUACCUGACAGCCUUUAUCUACUUUUACGUGUGUUAUUCAAUGAAAAAGAUGCAGAUGAAAAAAUAAGCGCUAUAGGUCAUGCAAUAAUGCAAGGAACGCGACCAAGAGCAAUAAUUGCCCCCUUACAAUUUGGGCUCGCAGUGUCGGCACAUCAUCUUACAGGUUCAAAGUAUAUUGUAGAGCUCUUGAACAGUAUUGGUUUUUGUGUUUCAUACACAGAAGUCGAACUGUUUGAGAAAAAUGCUGCUAUAUCUGGCAAUGGCGAUAUAGAACAGGAUAGCGAUUCAGAUAGUCCAUUUAUACAGUACGUUGCUGACAAUGUGGAUCAUAAUUUGUGUACUAUAGACGGGCAUGGAACAUUUCACGGCAUGGGGAUGAUUGUUUGCGUCACCCCAGGGAAGUUUGGUAAUAAACCAGUAAAGCGCCAGGUUGUGUCCUCAGACGAACUUUUGGCAGCAGGAAAAGUAGAAAUUUCCUACUACCGACCACCAACAGCAGACCAACGCACGCCGUUACAAUUAGAAGAAUUGGUUAAAUGGACCCCAUCAGACUGCACUGCCAGAUUAACUCUGCUUGCGCAGAUCACAUGGCCCUUACGAUAUCAAGGACCCGAAUGGUCCGGAUUUAUGCAAAUGGUGAGACAAGGUGAAUAUCCUGGGAAAUCUUCGGUUGUAUUUUUGCCAAUGACAGAUAUGUCACCAGGGGAUAUGUCGUGUAUUUACACAACGUUACAGUACAUUGGGAAUCAUGCCAAGCGAUACAAUCAAACGGCCAUUGUAACAUUUGAUCAGCCAUUGUACUGGAAAGCUAUGACUGUGGUUGCAAAUGAAAACACUUAUAGCCUUCUUAAAGCAAUUUUGGUACGACUUGGUGGUUUUCAUUGUAUCAUGAGCUUCUUAGGAUGCAUUGGUCAGUUGAUGUCAGGCUCUGGUUUAAGUGAAUUGUUGGAAACAAUAUAUGCACCCAAUACUAUCCCACACAUGAUGAGCGGAAGAGCAGUUUCAAGAGCGGUGAGAGCUCACUUUCUAGCAAGCAAUGCAUUGAAUGUUCUGCUAAUGCGGCAAUAUUUUGGAACUCAGUAUGACGCAGUGACAACACACGACGAGACAGAAAAGAACCAUGAAGAAAUACUGACCCAUGAAGACAGCAACAUGCAACAGGAAGAAAUGAUGACCCAUAAAGACCCAGAGAUGACGUCUGAAGAAAUUAUGACACAGGAAGACACGGAGAAUUCUAAAGAAAUGAUGACACAAGAAGUCACCGAAAAGUCUGAAGAAAUGAUGAUAAUUGAAAGCACAGAAAGGUCGGAAGAAGUGAUGACACAUGAAUACAUUGUACACGGAAAAAUGUGA